CCGCACUCUCUCGCAACCCACCGGCCCAUCGACGUAUCUGUCCGUCUGCUUCUCCCAGCACCAUGGAUAUCACCGAUUUUAUUUUCGCCCAGCGCGAGGACGUGCUGCUCGCUGGCGACUACAAUGGCUACCGUGCCCACGCCACCCGCAAAUUGCACAAACUCCGCAAGAAGCUGGGGCAGACUACUCCCAAAGGUCGAAAGUACACGGCCAAACCGCCGGUGAGCGCCGAAAACAUCAGCAACAACGUGGCUUACGUCCAUGUCCUCCUUUUGAGCUCCGAACGGGCAUGGGCACAGGCCAUGCACAUGAAGUCCGCACACUCGGCAGAUCCAUCAGCGAAGGGAAUUGUCGGAGCCGCCAGACGCCAGAUCAUCUCGAGGCUUCACAAGGCAACGGGUUACGCAAAGCAGUUGGUACUGUUGUUGGAAGAUCAGACGACUUCUGGGGCUACGGGGAUCGACGUUCUCGAAGCACGCGCAUACCUUGCGACCCUCUCCGGGGCGCUUUGCCUUGACAAGCGCCAAUGGAAGCAAUGUGUUGAGCAUUACUCGAUCGCCAAGGUGAUCUAUACCGCGCUCGGUCAACGGUCUAAACGAGAUGCGUUCCGGGAUCUUCUCUCGAGCACCGUCGACCCCAGUCUUAGAUACGCGGCGUAUCAGAUGAAGUUGCCCCGAUCCAAGCCUCUUUCGUCCCUGGCAAUUGCCUUCUUCCCAUCGGAUUCCCAGAUUCGCGGGGAAGUCGAGAAGGUGGAUCCCAAUUGUUUCAAUGAGGAGGCCGCUGGGACUCGGAAAACCGCCGACGGAGGGGUUCAGCAACUGCCCGAAAAUAUCACAUGGAGGACCCGGACCGUUGCAUUGGAAGAUGCGGCGAUCUCGCAGGCUCUUGCGGCCGCUGCAGCUGCAGAGUCUCGCCUUACGUCGUGGCUCGCCGACCCCUCGGGAAAAUCCGCCUCUUCGAAAGACAAGGCCGCCGCUUAUGAUAAUGUCAUCAUUGCGAGUCAAGAUGCGGUUGAUGCGACCAAAACGGCGAUCGAUGAACUCGCCGGCGAGGGAGUAGACCCGGGUGACAAAAGAAUGCAGAGCCUGCAGGUCACUCGGACUGCGGUGAAUUACGCCUUGGUGGGAUGGCGAAUUGGGCGCAAUCGCGUCCUGUGUGGAGAGCAAGACGGUAUCUCUUUUGAGACCGACCAGAUCAAAUCACACAAGAGUGGCAAAGCUCGAGGCAAUCGCGAUGAUGCCCAGGGCAAGAAAUUGGCGCGCCUGCGCGAGAGAGUCGUCUUGUACGACUCCACGCUCCAAAGUCUCGAAUAUAUUCUGGAGCUCCCUGGUGUCGCUGCAGACACUGCCUUCGUGAAGGAAAUGGAAGUCAAGAGCUCUUACUUCCGCUCACUUAGGUGUCUUUCCAUCGGGCGGUCCCACAGCAUCCUAGGCAAGUCCCAGAAUGCGCUUGCCUUGUACUCGCAGGCAUUGGCCCUCUCCGAGGCUUCGGGCGCUGGCCAGGCGUCGUCGGACGUGGAAGGGCCCCCCAGACUUGACGUUUCUCGCGAUCAGUUCCAGAGCCUAGUGUCGACCUUACAGGGGCUGGUAGCACAGUACCGCGGGCUGGUCACUUUGGAAAAACUUUCCGAGGCGCAGCAAUCAAGCUCGGCCAACCAGCGGCCUGCCGUUGAGCGACUGCAUGAAUACUCCGGUGACGGGUUGGAUUUGGCCAAUCUCGUGCCGUAUCCGCCUCGGAUGCAACCGAUCCCCGUGAAACCUCUCUUCCUUGAUGUCGCAUGGAACUACAUUGAUUAUCCCCGUGAGGGUGACGCCAACCAGGGCGCCGUCCAAGCCGAGGUUGAGCCCGCAGCCGAAGAAAAGAAGGGUGGUCGGCGAGGCUGGUUUGGUUUUGGACGUUAGAAUAGGGAAUAGGUCUAUGCGACUACUUGAGCGGUUUGUUCUCGACCGGUUUCGGGCUCUUUUGUGAAUAGGUAUGACGUGACGACGGAGCAAAAGCGGAUGCUACGAGGCGACGCGUUUUCAAUUUUGGUAUCCAGUGGUCGGAAUGGAAUACUCGAAUUAUGGAUGCACCGGUAAUUCUUAACUUCUUGGUUUGGUGCCAGUAGGGGGUUCUUAGAUGUCGGUCAUGAAUAUCUGGAUGCCAGUAGAUGAACUCGGUUCAAUUUAUAUAUUUCGCAUCUGUAAUAGGCAUUCAGGUUUGAG